UCUUGUUUGAGGCGUGGAUGACGUCACCUCCUUUUCCGCAGCGGCUCCGGCGCCUGAAACGCGAGUGCGCAUCCUUUAUAUCUUUUCCGAAAAGCAACAGAAAAUUCGGGGUAACAUUGUGGAAAAAGCUAUCCGGCAAAAAUGAAACCCAUCUUAUUGCAGGGUCACGAGCGAUCCAUCACGCAAAUUAAAUACAACAGAGAAGGAGACCUGCUUUUCUCUGUGGCCAAAGACACGGUGACAAAUGUGUGGUACUCUGUUAACGGCGAGAGGUUGGGCACCUACAACGGACACACUGGCGCUGUGUGGUGUGUUGAUUGUGACUGGGACACUAAAAACGUAUUAACUGGGUCAGCAGACAACAGCUGUCGACUGUGGGACUGUGAGACUGGUAAGCAGCUCGCCCUACUGCACACCAGCUCCGCUGUCAGAACGUGUGGCUUCGACUUCAGCGGCAACAUCAUAAUGUUCUCCACAGACAAGCAGAUGGGAUACCAGUGCUACUUGAACUUCUUCGACCUCAGGGAUCCACAGCAGAUCGAGGACAACCAGCCCUACACGUCGGUACCUUGUAAUGAAGCAAAGAUCACCAGUGCCGUUUGGGGACCUCUGGGAGAGUUUGUCAUUGCUGGCCAUGAGAACGGAGAGAUCAACCAGUUCAGUGCCAAGUCGGGGGAGAUCUUGAAGAAGGCGAAGGAGCACACCAAGCAAAUCAACGACAUCCAAACAUCAGUGGAUCUCACAAUGGUGAUCAGCGCCUCAAAGGACAACACUGCCAAGCUGUUCGACUCCACUUCUCUGGAGCACAUCAAGACCUUCAAGACAGAGAGACCAGUCAACUCUGCUGCCAUCUCCCCCAUCAUGGACCAUGUGGUCAUGGGUGGCGGGCAGGAGGCCAUGGAGGUCACUACGACCUCCACCAGGAUCGGCAAGUUUGAAGCCAGAUUCUUUCAUGCUGCAUAUGAAGAAGAGUUUGGCAGGGUCAAAGGUCACUUUGGGCCCAUCAACUGCGUGGCUUUCCACCCCGAUGGCAAGAGCUACAGCAGCGGAGGAGAAGACGGCUACGUGAGGAUUCAUUACUUUGACCCGCAGUACUUUGACUUUGAACUGGAGGCAUAAAGAGCCAUUAACAGACAGACGGCUUCACCGGACACCAGACUCUAUGAAAAGGACGAAUGUGUGUUUACAGCCUGACCAGCUCAAAUCGGCUUUAAAACACGCAGCGUGGCGAGUCCUGUAUUAUUUCCUCCACAAAACAGUUCAAACUGAUGCAAACAUUUUUCAGUGCAUGUAGGGAUUUAAGAUUCUUAAAGCCAACAUGUAUUUAAUUGUAUAACAUUAAAUUCUGCUGUAAGCCAUUCCAGGAUUCACAAUAAAACUAUUUUAUUCAAGUGA